AUGGCACCUGCCAAUAGGUCGGUAAAGAGAGCCCAGUCCAGAUUGAUGGAGUUGUUGGGUUCAGUGGCACCAGGUAGCACAUGGCACAAGAAGUUGUUCCUCUUUGCUGCCUUGGGUGGAGGUGUCUACACACUUGUAAAGUAUUAUAAGACUCAAAAGGAGCUAAAGACACAGAGUGGAUUAGUUAUUCAAUCACCAAAGGGACAAGAGAGAAAGAGUCAAAAGGUGACAGUGGAUGCAGUGUUCUUUAAGCGUUUGGCAAAGAUCAUCAAGAUCAUUAUACCAUCGGUGAGAUCAAAGGAGUUUGCCAGUCUGUUGUUCUUGACUGCAUUGCUCUUUGCCCGUACGAUGCUCUCCGUGACGAUUGCAGAGAUCGCCGGAAAGAAUGCCCAGAACCUGGUGGCCAGGCGCUGGAGAGAGAUGGCUCACUACGUCUUUAGGUUCGCCCUGGUCUCCAUCCCGGCGGCAUUCGUCAACAGCACUCUCAAGUACGAGACUGAGAUGCUGGCCCUUCAGUUCAGAAAGCGUCUGUCUGAGCACGUGCACCGCGAGUACCUCGAGGGUGUCAACUUCUACAAGGCAUCACAUCUUGGAGGUGUCAACAGGAUUGAUAACGCUGACCAGAGAGUUACAUCAGAUAUCGAACAGUUCUGUAACUCUAUGAGUAACCUCUACACGACUGUGUUCAAGCCAGUGCUCGACUUGAUCUUGUUCACAAAGAAGUUGGUCGGCGUGAUGGGCUGGGCCUCGCCAAUGCUCAUGUUUGCCUACUUCAUCAUCUCGGGCACACUGAAGAAGCUGAUUAUGCCACCGUUUGGAAAGCUCACUGCCAAGCAGUCGGAGCUGGAGGGCAACUACAGAACAGUGCAUCAGCGUCUCAUCGCCAAUGCCGAGGAGAUCGCCUUCUAUGAUGGCAGUCGCAAGGAGAGACAGAUCAUCAACCUCUCCUUUGGAGAUAUCUACAGACAUACUAGCUAUGUCAGCUACCUUAGAUGUUUGGUUGGAAUAUUCGAUGGAUUCUUGGUCAAGUAUUGCGCUUCUAUUUUGGGAUAUGGAUGCAUGGCACUCCCAAUCUAUAUGGGUAUCAAGGGAGCUGCAGGCAAGGACACUGCUGAGCUCACCAAGGACUACAUCAGGAACACACAGCUGAUGAUGGCAUUGGCACAGGCCAUUGGCCAGUUGGUUCUGCUUGGCAACAAGAUCACCAACAUGGCUGGAUACACUUCUCGUGUGUCUGAGCUGCUCGAGAUGGUCAAGCAGAUCAAGGAGCGCGGUACAUCCACGUUUGUCAUUGUCGAUGAUGACAACAUGACCGGUGCCACACCCGGCACCCAAUCACCAAUCGUCACCGAGCGCUACGAGGUCAACAACAACGAGUGGCUGCUCCAGUGGAAGACCCGCUGCGACAACCUCCGCCAGCUGAAGCGCUCGCUCUCCACCUCGUCCACAAUGACCACCGACGCCGGUGGCGGCAAGUUCAUCGAGGGCGAGUUCAUCCAGUUCAGCAACGUCUCGAUUGUGUCGCCGGAGGGUAAGCUCCUGGUGACCGAUCUCAACUUUGAGGUCAAGCCCAAGCAGAACGUGAUGAUCACAGGACCAAACGGCUCGGGUAAGAGCUCGCUGUUCCGUAUCCUUGGCGAGCUGUGGCCACUGCACUGCGGCACCGUCAUCAAGCCAAGAAAGGAGGACAUCCUUUUCGUGCCACAGAAGCCAUACCUUGUGCUGGGCACGCUGAGAGACCAGAUCAUCUAUCCACACAACGCCGAGGACAUGAAGAGAUUCGGCAUCACCGACGACGACCUCCAGAACCUGCUGUCCACAGUCGAUCCAAACAACACCAUCAUCAGACAGUGGGCAUGGGACGACGUCAAGGACUGGUUCAACACCUUCUCAGGAGGCCAGAAGCAGCGUGUCGCCAUGGCCCGUCUCUUCUAUCACAGACCACAGUACGCCAUCUUGGACGAGUGUACCAGUGCCGUCAGCGAUGAAGUCGAAGGAAAGAUAUACGAGACUUGUAAAACACUUGGAAUCACUCUGUUCACCGUGUCGCAUAGACAACAACUCCGUGUUCAUCACGAUGAUGUUCUGAUGUUUGACGGCAGAGGAGGAUGGGAGUGGACCAAGAUCGAUCACUCACAGGACCACCUUAACAAACCUCUUUCCUUCAAGUAG